AUGAUCACCUAUGAUAGGUCGGCCUUUGGCCUUAACCUCAUCUUUCGAGUGCAUGGCUCUGCAAUCUACCGAUCCAUCAUCCCUGGGAUGCUCGCUGUGGUGACUCUAAUUGUCAUUCGAUACAUUCAAAGCCCAGACGGCUCUAUGGAUGCAAGUAACCGAACUGACAAUGAAGUACAGCAUCCCUACUCUAUUGGUAUCCUCGUGGGUUCUAUUUCCUUCUUGAUUGUGUUUCGGGCAAGCCAAGGAUACAGCAGAUACUGGGAGGCUGCUGGAGCCAUCCAUCAAAUGCAGAGCAAAUGGUUGGAUGCUAUCAUACAUACUGGUUGCUAUCACAUGCAAUGCGGCCAUUAUGACUCCAUUAAGCCACCUUCAUUCUUCGACUACCCAGAGCUAAACGCUUACUUUCUGACCAGAGAUAGGGAGAGAUACCAUGAAGUAUCGCAUGAUAAACACAAGGACGUUUUGAAUGACCUGGACGAUGGAAUCAUUCCGGAAGAGGAGGACCCCUCCAUUGUCGACGAAACGCAGCAAAAAAUCGACCAUUCACAAAGGCACCUGGUCGUGGAAGCUUCAGCUCCCGAAAAAAUACCCAAACCGAAAAGAAUCAGCCGCGCCAUUUCGGAGCGAAGUACUGAUAUGGAUCCCAUCUUGACUUCCAAACGAGUCGACAACAGUGAUAUCGUGGACCGUGCGGUUCUCAAGUCAAUCAACUCCCUUGAAGUAACGAAUACUGAAAAACACGUGGAACGAGAAGAUCGCCUCAAGCGCCGCUAUGCAAUGGAUAAAUCAGAGCCAGGUGGCCCCGCUCCUCUUACAGGGGCUCCUCGGUUGGAUGGGAACUGGGGAAAGUUAUUUCCUGAUCGAAAGGCAACCUUCUAUCAGCCUCGCGAUACGGAUCCGAGUUCACCCAACUAUUUGAACAAUGUACCAAGUUUCGCCAGCCAUCAGGGAGGACGGACACCCUCGUUGUUUUUGCAAGAACUUGUCCAUUUGUGUUCCUUGAUGAAUGCAGUGGCUUUGUCCACUCUGCGAAAUGACAUGGAAGGAUCAGUUUCACCCCUGGGAGUCUACAAACCUGGUUCGCCCUGGCCCGAAGUGGAUCCCGACAAAUUGGAUAGUUACUACUUGAACGGGUCUUGGUCUACGCGGAUGAUCAAGAGAAUUCAAUAUUUCCUUGGAACUGCUCGUUCUCCCGAAGAACGAACUCGUUACAACGCAGCUCGACCCUUGGAAGUGCUGGGAGGAGUAUCUGAUUCUGAAAUCCGUUUCCUGCAAAUGGCUCGUGGUCCACUUGCAAAGACACAGCUGUGCUGGUAUUGGAUGACAGAAUACAUCAUCCGCGAGCAUUUGAAUGGAUCUACAGGCAAAGUUGGUCCUCCAAUUAUUUCUCGAGUCAUUCAAUUCUUGAGUGACGGUAUGGUUUACUACAACCAUGCACGGAAAAUCACGUUUGUCCCGUUUCCUUUUCCACACGCACAGCUCUCGGUUUUCUUUGUUUUGAUUGCCAUCCCAGCUGUGGCGUUUUUAAUGGAUCAAUACGCAGACAACAUUGUUCUUGCGUCAAUAUUAUGCUUCUUCGCGGUCGUGGCGCUCAGUGGUAUUCAUGAGGUGGCCAGGGAGUUAGAGAAUCCAUUUCGCAACAUACCUAACGAGCUGCCAGUGUGCACAUUUCAAGCACAGUUCAACGAAGGUCUUCUUGUAAUGUACAGUGGCUACCAUCCGGACCACUUUUGGGAUCCGACGAAGCACGAUCAUCACCCCACGGAUCCGUCACCGAAGAUCCGCAAGUUUGGGACGAAAAGUAGAAAAGGGGGGUCACCAAGACUGUCCACGGUUCGGAAAGUUCACAGUGCAGAUGGAUCCUCGAAGAGGCAUACCAUUGCCGCAUCAACCAUGAUGGCUGGUAAGAGAGCCGUCAAUGUGGUGACCGCUGUAGGCAAGGAAGGUGUGCAUGCCGUCACUGCCGUUGGAAAAGGUGGAGUGGGAGCUGUGACGGCAGUGGGAAAGGGUGGAGUGCAUGCGGUCGCUGCAGUUGGAAAAAGUGGAUUAGAUGCUGUUGCAUCUGUGGGUGAAUCGACCUUGAUUAGGAGACCCCAUAGUACGGGAUCUACACCAGCAAGACCCAUGACUGAUGAUUCGGCUAAUUCGGUGACGCCGACCGCUGUCGAAGCCGCCGUGGAUUCAGGAAACAACGAGGGAGAGGGAAGCAACAUUAUUUCUGGUGAACGUACGGCAUAG